CUCACGCUGACUAACCCGCUGCCUGUGUGCCUCGCUGUGUGGUUUUUCUUGUCUUUGCAUGACCGGGGCGUGGCGCGUGGCGGGGGCCUGCAGGGGGCGUACCUGGUUCACGGAGAACAGAAGCAGGACGGGCGUCUGCUGGAGCGGGGCGGUUUCCACGGCAACGGCGGCGGCGGUGGCGAGGGGAGGCGGCGGCUAGGGCAGCAUCGCGGCUACACGCGCCCCUCUUCCCGGGCCACGCCCCUGGGCGGGCGGAGCCUCUCCCGGCAGGACACCUUCGACUCGGAGACACAGGGCAGCCGGGACUCGGCCUACACCGAGGCGGGGGACUCCUGCGUCGACGCCGAGACCGACCCCUACGAGGAGCCCCAGCCCUUCCACCGCGGGGGGAACGGCCGCUUCCACAGCCGCCCGGCAUCCUGGGAAGACCCGGGCGCCGAGCCCAACCAGGAGAACCUGGACCUGGAGCAGCACGGCCGCUCCAAUCAGAGGGAGCGGUACUGCCAGGAGCCUGCCGACUACAACAAGAGCCAGGAGGACUGGGGGAGGGGCGUCUUUAUCCACUGAACAAGCCAUUCGCCCUGAGGA